AUGGCGACUAUGGUCAAAGAAAAGCGGCGGGAGAAGAAAAAGUCCAAAGAGAAACACAUGUCUCGAAGUAGUAAAGAGCGUGAAGAGCCGCCGAUUUUAGAAGAAAAAGAUGUUAAUGAUCAAAAUACCAUUCUAAGUGAAGCUACAGAAAUUAAACAAAAAACUCCCAUUGAAUAUGUCGAAAGAACUUCUAUUGAGGCUUAUAGGACUGAUACACUUAGUAAUAACGGAAACCAAGUUCUGGGAUACACAGAAAACACUCCAUCAUCUUCAAACAUUAAUAUAAAUUCUGAAAGUCAUAUAACCAAACAAGAAAUAGAAACAAAUGAAGCCUCAUUAGAUGCAAUUCAAUCAAAGCACACAAACAUAGUACCAUCAGAAUAUGUAAUAGAGACUGAAAUACCUCAAGAAGUUGUAACCCCAUCGGCACCCCUAUUAGAAGAAAGACCAGUCUUUGUAGAAACAGCUCCUAAACAGGAAUGUAUAGAUGUUGUUAAAAUUAAAACACCAUGUUUACCACUGGAAGAGGCCAUUAGUCUUUUUGGAGGGGAAAUAAUUGCUGAGGUAAAGGCAAUGAGUGAAAAAGAGGAAGCUAUUGUAGAAGCGGGACCUGUGUGUGGGCCAGAACAUCCAUUGGUUGAUCUAUUGUCUACUUUCAGAUCCUCUCUAAGAGCAGUGGAAAGAGAACGCACCCAUCUGUCUUGUGGUUUCGCAGAGGAAGAAAAGUCACGAAGCACACUUUGGAAAAUCGAAAAAAGAUAUACCACUAUGUCAGCAAAAUGCACUUGCGGCUUGGACGUCCAGCGGAGAUUUGCUUAUGAGCAUGCAGAAUUGUUACGGGCGAGAUUGCCUAUUGCUAAGAUGAAAUUGAAGUCCUUAUUACAAGAUGUGCAGGAUUCAUAUUGCCAUCAUCAACACGCAGCUUUGUUAGCACAUUCUCAGAUCGAAGAACUAAUAUUAGAAACAAUACAAAGUAACAAACACGAAAUACGCGAAGCCCUGGCGCUUGUAUUACAAGCGUUGCGGCUUUGUGAUAUUACGCCUGCUGCAUUGGCCUUUGCACUGCAACGGUGGGCGACUAUACUCAGUGCAGCAUGGUUGCAUGGGUCGGAUUUACGACAGCUUCUACAUUUGUUACAUCAUUUAUUCAGACAAAUCAGGUCUGUGAGGUGGGCUGCGCGUGUGAUGCAUUUCUCCAUCGGCGACAGGACUUCCGCUGCGCAAGCGAUCGCGUUGCUGGACUUGCUGUUGGCCAGGCCACGUCUUGAGCCUGCUUUCGAGUGUAUCGAAGAUACGGAAGGUGGUUGGGAGGAGUUAGACAAACACGGAGGCAGCAGUGCAGUGAGCGAAGGCACGUUGCGCGAGAGAGAUCUACUUCAAUUGCUACGUAUCUUCCCAUUGCGAGAUCUCGUUGCGAGACUGCUGUUGUUUACGCAUUCUGAUAUAAAACAAGCACGCGAAUUCGAGUGGGGCGACGCCUCAGGCGGAUACGGAGUUCUCAAAUCGUGUUGCGGCGUUCGAACCCUACUACAUACUUUACAACGUGCUUUAUUGGCACAUCCUCAUUAUACUAAGCUACAUGCGAAGUUGCAGGCACUCGCUGGUCAUACGUUGCAUGCUUUGGCCGCCCUACAUUUGCAUUCGAGUUACUCAAAUGUAUUAGAAGAGAAGAUAUUAGCGGAACUAGAAGCAUGUUUCGCGGCAGGAGUGGCAUUGUGCGGUUCGGAGCAGAUGCACUUAUUGCCAACGACCUUAUUAGCUCAAGACUCUGCGAAGGACUUCUGUGUUACGCUUAUAGCAGGAUUACAUGACGUAACGCCAAAGCGGCUUGACGGCCUGUUAAUAGACUUGCCAGUGUUAACGUGCGAGCAGCGCACACGCAUCGCUGCCCAGGCUUCGCUAGAUCGAACCAUGGAUCACGAGCUAGCUAGGAUGGUGUUGGACUUUCUUUUUCAAACGGGCAUCAAGCGCAAGACAGUGCAGUGCAAAGGGCUAUGUGAUGUAACGGCACGAGAACUGUUACCACGGCUGCUUGCUGUUCAUCCAUAUCUUCACACUAUGGCCUUUCAUAUGCUGGCUGAUCUCUAUCAAGUGGAGCUCUUGGACCCGUCAUCAGUCCGGCCGUUAUACGUGGACCGCUGGCGGCCGAGCCCCGGUGAGGUUACCGCAGUUCUGACCGACUGGUCGCAACGCUGCCCGGGGCUGUUGCAGCAUCUAUUGCUGCUGCUUGAUUAUACUCCUCAUUCUGGAAUUUCGCUGGAAAGUCAGCUAACAAUCGGUUCCUACUUAUGCCGGUACCAACAAAACAUCUACCCCACUCCAGAGUAUCUAUGGAAGAUUCUACGUCGUCUCAAAGUUCAUAGAACCGGCUGGCACUUGCCUUUGGACGCCCCCCCACCAGACCCGGGGCCCAAUGAUUUAUUCAGUUCAGCUUACGCCGUGUUGGCCAGCUCCUGGGGCCAUUGCGUGCCUUUGAUUUGUUCCGAAGGAGUGUCCGCUCUGUGCCGUAUAGCAAUAGCUCGGCCUCGCGACGCAAUACACUGUCUCGCACCCGUUAUGCUUGUCAUGGCGCAUUCACCUGAGUCCAUCUCUUUCACACCCAAAUUCAACGAAUUAUUCACAACUUUACUAAGUUCUGGACCGACGAUAGUCCAGCGAGCGUUAGGCCGAGGGCCUGUUCCUGGCUCGGAACUGCUGCAGCGACUGAUGCUCUCGCAAAUUGAUGCUACUAAUUGUACAAGCGGGUCGCGCGCAGCGAUAUUAUCUGCGUGGCAGCACUGCGUGUGGCGCGUGCCUCUCCCGGCUGCGUUGCUUAUGCUAGACACAGCGUUGCUGCGCUGCCGCGAGUGGACGCACUUUGACGCAUUCGCGCUGCUUCUCGUGCAGGAAGAUAAAGCCAAGGAGCACAUCUUGCACGCCUUGCGCCACGCGGCGGCCGCGCCGCUGAUAUGCGAGUGCGUGCUUCGAGCCGCGCACGAUGCGCGGGAGUCUCGCACGCACCUCGGCGCCAGAUUGCUCGACGCGUUGCACCUGCAAAGAGUUGCGGGGGACCGGAUACACGUCGACAAUGCUCUUAAGAGCGUGGGUGCAACCAUAUCAUCUGAAGAGCUAGUGAUAUACCGCACGGCACCGGCUGUGUUGUCCACGCCACUGCAACACCCGGCGCAUUUGACAUUGUGGAGACUCUUCAUGUAUUUGUACCUGCAACGGCCGCCUUGCAGCAUGCUCGAAUCAACUCCCCCAGUAGGUCCGCUAUUCUUCAGCGGUCUCAUCAAAUCGCGUACUCUCGUCCAGCUUAAAAAGCGCCUUCUAGAAACAGUCGCGUAUCACAAUAGUGAAGCAGAGAUUCUAAAACAGGAAUUACACGAAGAAAGUAAACGGAAAACUAAACCUGACGUCGUAGAAACAACACCACAAAGACAAGUAAAAUCUAAUGACGACAGCUUACUACCGACGUUGACUAUACAAGAUUUAACCGGCGAGUCCAGUGACUCGGAAGAUUCCAGCGAGUCUGAGGACGAAAGAUAUAGCAAUAUACAAGAAGUAAGGGUUGAAAGUGUGCAGAAAAAGGACGUGUACAAUUUGAUGUGCUAUCAUUUGGCUGCUCGUUGGCUGUGCCACGACGCCCACCUCGUCUGCGAACUGAUCUCCCAAUGGAGCAGUGACAAGAGCAGUCCACUGCAGCAAUCGCUGUGCGGUGCGUUGGUGUCGCCAAGACGUCUGGCACCCAAUGACUGGCCUACCGUAUACAUUGCCUUACUGAGGUCCAAGCUCUCUGAACAUGCAGUUUUUAGCUACUUAUCUAAGUUCGAGAUAUCGUGGUGGGCUGGACAGCCCGAGGCUCAACGGCGCGUUGUAUUGGACGCUCUAGUGGCCGCUGCGCAGCGUUUCGGCAAUGCACAACCGGAACACAACGUUUUGCUAGAGUUAAUAGGCGUCCACACGGCAACGUUGUUAAAUUCGACAGAACUCUGCGCGCACAUAACGCAGUGCACAAUUGCGUCAGUCGCAGCGUCGCUGCCGCCGACGCAUUGGACGCACAUCGUUCGAGCUGUUCAAUCGAAUGCCAGAGACGUGACGUUUGAUCAGCUCGGCCACCUACUUCGAGAACUAGGCGUCAUGUGGUGGGACGCGCGCACGCAGUUGAAAGCUAAUAAGAAUAUCAACUACGAAGUGUACGCGCCGUACAUCGCCGAUCUUGUGCGCACGUUGCACCGCACAUUUGUCGCAGCCGCUGUUGCGUUGAGCUAUUCUCCCGAGAGAGUGGCUCUAUACGCUUGGUCGUCGCUGCUGGAGUCGUGGUCCGCGUGGGUGAGCCCGCACUGCACUGCGGCACCGCUGUUGUCGUCCACCGGCGAACACGAGGCCUACACGCCCAUGCUGCGGCGAUUUGUCGAUAGCGUUCACCAGAUCAUUCUCGACUGUCCCGGCACCGAAGAACGCUUGCUCCAACAAAUCUUCGAUUGGACAUUGCAAACCUACGCCAGUGUGAACAACAGUCCAUUGCAGGAGAGUCGCGUGCAGCUCUCAGCGAUGCUCGUCGAGCUGACGAACCUGCCUUGGACCGAACACCAGUGGAUGUGUGACAGUAGUCUGCAGAUUGCUUUGCAGAUAGCAGCAACUAAAGAUAAAGAAAUAACAUCGUGGUGCUCGUCGACCUGGAAGAGUACUUUAGCGGCGACAUGGCUUCGUGACGUCACAGAUGACACUAUAGCAUCGCGUCUCGCCGCGCUGCUGUAUUUGUUCAGCAGUAUGACACACUCGCCACAGACAUUAGAAGAAGCAACAUACCUGCCGUGGUGGCGACUGCCGGCGGCGGCGCUCGACGAGGCAUUGGACCGGUUCUUCUCCCAAUACUACAAUCCAUCUAUACCCUACCACGAGGUCUUGCAAUUCAGAGUGCUUCUGUAUGCAAGCGAGCUCAUAAUUCGCCCGGAGUGGCUCCCACCGUCCACGUGCAGCGCAGCGUCUCGUGUGAAGCGAGGCUCCGCCAUCUCUCUGUGGGUGCGCGCCGCCUGCGCACCUGCGCUCUCCGCGCACGUUUGCGGACACUCCACUGCUGUGCUGAGUGCCCUUACUGACAUUGCGCCACACAUCGCAACGUCAGAGGGUGAAAUAGAAGAGUUGCUCGGACGUGCGGUGAUCAUAAUGUGCAUGGAACCAGCGGCGUCCGCUGCGUUGCCGAUAUGGCAAGAAUGGGUAUUCACAACGACCCCGCGUAUGGUCAAAGCGUGCAUAUCUGCUGCUUCGAUACUCACCACGUUUGAGUAUUUUGCCGCGUUAGCCGACGUCGCUGUGAAAGCUCACCUCGCGCAAAAGGAGUCCACAGGCUGGUCAGAAAUAAGCCAGCGCUGGCAGUCGUGCCACUGGGUGGAGGCGGCGCCUUUAGCGGCGCGGGCGCGUCUGCACGCCGCGUACGCGGUGCUGCGCACGCACACGCAACCUUACGAAGGGCUGAGGUCUACUUUGCUGGCGUUACUGGCUGCGAAGAUUAACUUCGUGGAAGAGGAGGCAGUGAUAGCCACGUGGAUCUGCUCGGCGAGCCGCGUGGCGCGCGAGUGCCCCUCACAAGGCGAGGCCGCCGAGUGCUCGGGAGCCGCUCGGACGCUGCUGGCGCGCUGGGCCGAGGACGCCAGGCGCUCGCUGCUCAGGGUCGUCACUCUCCAGACUGAUCCCACUGCGCCUACGCCGCAACAUCGUCUCCUCUGUCGCCUAGCACUCUGCAUAAUCCUAACCAACGACGUGACGAAGCGAGCCUACGAAACUUCCUGCUCAAGCGUCCUUGACUCCAACCAAGACGUAUACAACUGGGGACGGAACCCUUACCCGAAGAGAUUGCCUCGUUUAGCAAUAAGAUUGUACCCCACUGCUGAACGUUACUUUAAGGAUGAGCUAGAUAUGGCACCUGAGUCUGUAUAACAUUAGAUAGAGCCUUUUUAUAAAGUUGGUAGAAACUCGUUAAAGGUGGCUUAUCCAGCAAUGACUUAACAAAUUGUCACUGAUGUCGCGCUUCAAUUGUGUUAUACAUUUCCAAUAUUGCAGCGUUUGAGAUCCCGACAUUAUACCCGUGGGGCUUCAACAUUAUGUCCGUAGGGUCUCGACAUUAUGCCCGUGGGGGUUCGCACUGUACUGGAAGGGGCCCGCGCUAUACCUAUGGGGAUCCGACAUCAUGCCCAUAGGAGCUCGACAUUAAGCCCGUGGGGUCUCGACAUUAUGCCCGUGGGGGUUCGCACUGUGCUGGAGGGGGUCCGCACUUUACAUGUGGGAGAUCCGACAUUACGCCCAUGGGGGCUCAUAAUGUGGAGCCUGUGGGGGUUGGCGGACACAGGAAAUGAAACAAAUUUCAUCGCACAACUUCUUAUUUUUUUAAUAACAUUUUUGGUAAUUGUAGUCCGCGAUAUCUUUGCUUGGUUGUUCGAGGAAUGCGUAGCUCAGGGAAUUGCUACCAUAAUACAUAAAUAAGGACUUAUUAGCGUGGCGCCACUGUAAAGUCGACCUUAACAGAGUAGAGCACUGUGAAGUUAGUUUAUGAGGAAAGACUGUGGUCGUAUAACGUGCAAGCUCAUUAUAGACUGGUUUGUAUGCCAAAUGAUUGCAACUCACACAAAUCUAAUCACUUGUCUUCGUAAUUACAAUUUGUCUUUUAAGUUUAAUAAAUCGUUAAUUAGUUACAUUAGUAUAAUUCGUUGAUAUUUGAUAUUAUUUAACCUGUGAUAUAAAUUGUAGGAUAAAAUUUAUACAUGGUGGAAAUUUAAGACGGGUCAGCAUAGCAAGGCUGUCGUAGUUUAUGUAAUGUUUAUGGUAAGAUAUAUGUUAUUCAUCUUGUUUUGAAACACACGUUGACAAUUCGUUUUUUCUGUAACUAACUAAAAUGACUGAUUAUUAAAAAUGUCCCUACGAAAGUUUGUUAAAGUAAACUAGUUUGUAAAAGUUUUGGUUCGAAGGUUUUGAUCCUUACCAAAAAUGAAAAAAAAAAAAAAGUUUUUAUCUUGCUGCUUGUCUAUUUUUACCUUCAAAAUUCAUAGACAGCCUAGUAAAUUUUAUCGGUUAGAGUAUCCGGCCUUGCUGAUCCGUUUCAAAUUUUUCGCCCUGUAUAUGAGAAAACUUGAAUAUUGUAUGAUAAGGUGGGUCAUACUGUUCAGAGUAGUGGCUAAAAUCGCUAUUUGAAUGUCAACCUUAUGCAAGAAAUUCUCCCUAAUACAGGGUUCUUUUAAAAUUACUGACAACCUCGCAGGACUAUAUUACUAACGUCAUAAACGACAACUUUUGUUCCAGGACUUUUAAUAAUUCAUCAGACUUUACUUUCGCACAAAAAAAAAAUAUUUAAAAUUGAUCGCUCGAAACGGUGAUAACUCUGUGCGGUAACGAAAGGCAGUCCUAGUGUAAAUACCACUCCGGUGCAAAGAGCCAGACGGGGAUAAGAGUCGUCAAGGAGGACGCUUGCACGUUUGAACUUCCAAUCUUACUACCAAAUACUAAUCUAAAAAGUGUCAGAUAGUACAAUAAAAAUUUAAUUAUUUUUGGUAAAUAUAUUGUUUUAUUAGUGAG